AAGCAUCGACAGAUUCCUUGCAGACACUUCAAAGACGGCUCAGCGAACGCGGCACGAAUGCGCACCUGCGCAUAGACUCAUGCAGUCCAAGGAGGAUUGCGGGCCAUCAUACCUAAUGCGCUGUCUUCUUCGUGUUUACUGCUGCUGAGACGAUAGCCUCCACGCUAGGACUAUUUCACCAUGGACGAGCUGCAGGCACGGCACCGGAAAGAGCAGAAGGACUUGCAGAGUCGAGUGACACAGAAGAAAAAGCAGGCCAGCAAGAAGACCCGCAAAGCCGUCAACGAUGAAUGCGAGCAGCUGGAGCGAGAUCUCAAGGACAAGCAGGCCCGAGAAGUGGCGGAGCUCAAUGGCAAUGCAAUAACAGAUAAUGAACCCUCCGCCGAAGAACUCGAGAAGCUCACGCUGCAAGUCGAUGACGACUCGCCGACAGAAGUCAACGGCACUUCAGCCGGCCCCUCUUCCGCAAUGAAGCCCGCUGAUUCUGGUGAGGCUGCUUCGGCCGCCGGAGCUGGCAAGAAGCGUAAUCGCCAGAAGGACAGACUGGCAAGACGCGCAGCGGAACAAGAAGAACUCGCCCGGCAGGCAGCUGAAGAAGCAGCAAACCUUCCAGACAUGAAAGAGCAAGAACGUAUGCGGAUGCUUGAAUCAAUGAAAGAGCAUCGACUCGUCGAGAAAGAAAUCCGCGCUGAUGGACACUGCCUCUACUCUGCUUUCGCCGACCAGCUCGAGCAGCUGGACAUACCACUUGGUUCAGAGCCUGGCGGCAAGCCUGCUGUUGCAUACAAAACCGUUCGGGCCAAGGCCGCAGACUACAUUCAGUCUCACCAAGACGAUUUCGUUCCAUUUCUGGAAGAGUCUUUGCCCGAGUAUGUGCACAAAGUGCGCGACACGGGCGAGUGGGGCGGUCAGCUCGAAUUGAUGGCACUUGCCAAAACCUACAGCACGAACAUCAACGUGUUGCAGGACUUCGGCCGUAUCGAAAAAAUUGAAGGCGCGACUGGAAAAGAAGUGAAAACUGUCUGGCUUGGCUACUACAAACAUGGCUUUGGCCUUGGAGAGCACUAUAACAGCCUGAGAAAAUCGCCAUGAGCUUUGACUGCUACACGUCUACACUCCUUCAGGCUUUUCUGGCGCGUAAUCGAUGCGGCGUCUCUUCCGACUUCGCACGAACACGAAUAUGGAGUAACCCAGGCUCAUGUAAAAGGACAGACUGAGGAGGCAGAUCAGCUAUCAGUAAGCAACAAGCAGCGGAAAUGAGUGACUUACGCCGUGGUGAUGAACAAAGCAACAAGCGUCCAAUGCUCCCAUUGGAUUCCAGUGAAAUACAAGUGAAGCUGGCUCACACUGAUAGGGGUCAUGCAAGACCACAGCAGAGCCUUGAGUAUUUGCAGAACGAGGUACAACCUGGACAAAGUCAGCGCACGAACUAUGAGCAGUCGAGCCCUUGUCCUAG